AUGGCAGACAAUGCAAAAAGCCCAAGCGCUCGGACCGCUCCGACUUUGACGUCAACAUCAUCUUCGCCGCUCAUUGUCUCGAUGGGCAUGCAGAAGACUAUGAACACCCAAGCCGCCAAGAGAAACGAGAGCGCUGCUAAGGCACAGGCAGUGGUGCCAGGCCUUGCGAUGGCACAGAACAGCGAGUCUGCCAGUCACGACCGCAAAGUGAACUCGGCCUGGAAGCCAGCAGCAACACAUAAUCAAGGUAAGCUUCGCCGAACAGCAUACGCGGCACCAUCGACACCAGACACACACGACGACAGAGACUAUACGCAUCGCAGAUACGGACGCUUCGAGACAGCAAAGGCAGAUGCGCAGCAUAGCAUUUCGACAUUCGCAGCCGGCGCAGCCAUCCGUAUCACACAGCAGCCACCUACCGCAUACCCAUCUAGAGCCUUCCGAUAUGGUGCCGCUCGAAGAAGUUCCAAUCCCAGAAUCUUCAGAAAACUGACCUUGCAAUUUCUUUGCUCCCUCCCCACGCACCACCACUUGCUCCGUUCGUUCAUCGCACUCGUCCACGCACAUCCGCCAUCGACUCGACUCAGAUUCAACAUGGGUAUCACUCGUGACUCGCGACACAAGCGAUCGGCUUCCGGUGCUCGCCGCGCCUACUACCGCAAGAAGCGCGCCUUCGAGCUCGGUCGCCAGGCUGCCAACACCCGUAUUGGCGCCAAGCGCAUCCACACCGUCCGCGUUCGCGGCGGCAACCUCAAGCACCGUGCCCUCCGUCUCGAGUCGGGCAACUUCGCCUGGGGCUCGGAGCACAUCACUGCCAAGACCCGUGUCCUUGGUGUCGUCUACAACGCCUCGAACAACGAGCUGGUCCGCACCAACACCCUCGUCAAGGGCUGCAUCGUCCAGGUCGACGCCACCCCCUUCCGUCAGGCUUACGAGAAGCACUACGGCCAGCCCGUGACCACUAAGCGCCGCGCCGCCGGCCAGGGUGCCGCCGAGGCCAACGUUGACGAGACCAAGCUCUCCAACUCGGUCACCCGCAAGCUCGAGAACCGCCGCAAGGAGUCCAAGCUCGACAGCCUUGUUGAGCAGCAGUUCGGCGCCGGUCGUCUCUACGCCGCCAUCUCGUCGCGCCCCGGCCAGUCCGGUCGCUGCGACGGCUACAUCCUUGAAGGCAAGGAGCUCGAGUUCUACGUCCGCCGUCUCAAGGCCUCCAAGGGCUCCAAGAACUAA